AUGAUUCGCGUACCGGGCAACUGGACUUGCGCACAUUAUCCCUGCGCCUUUGCUGAGAUACGGAAUGAGUGUUAUCUGUGCCGUCUUGUGCCCGUCUUCACCGCCGCCCUUACAUACGAACUGGAGGCUUCUGUGCGCGUGAGCCUGAUAGAGGCGCGGCGCUUUGCAAGUCAGGACUUUGCCCCCGCAGAGACUCAGCACGUCGUGUACACGCCGUGCCCCAGCGGCAUUGAGUACUGCCCCUGUUCUGCAGGGAGCCUUUCAAGCGAGCCUAUGGUGAUUCGAUGCCCCUUAUUCCAUUACAUGGCAAAGGAGGUGACGGUAGACGGGCCACGACGUGACACCCGUGCUACCGCUGCUCAUGUCGCUGCUGCCCUUAUGGGACGCUACGUUGUGGUCGGGGCUGAGUUUCGCAUACAGGACGGCGUCUACACUGUGCGGCAAGUGGUACUACAGAAGGGCUAUCGCGGGGUGGCGCUUGUCUGCAGCGACUGCCGCGUGCGUGUGAAUGACUCUCAGCGGGUCGGUAGCAGCGGCCUUGGCGGGGGAGGAGCAGUACGACCCAUUGGGCUUGAUAGUGAGGCAGACCAACUCCUGCAGUUGCUGUUGUGCGCCGACAAGUCCGCGAGUGCGUUUGUCGGCGUCAUGGCGCGCGGCCCCCGGGGGUGUGGCGUUUCCACCACAGUGCGGUACGCUCUGGAAAGCGUUGCUGCCACACACACGGUGCUAAUAUGGUCGAGUUGCUUUUCGCCGUCAGAGGCAUGUCGCGAGGGACGGGGUGGCACAGUGGUCCUGGUUGUCACUGAAGCUGAGCACAUUUUUGCGGCGGCUGAACCGGAACUCGCGAAGCUUCAUAUGCGUAAGCUCCAGCGAGACGCCGCGGUUGUUCGCGGGGGCGGCAGCGGUGCCGCCCGAUCCGUUGUUGUGCUGUGUGUCACCCAUGACUACGGUCUCUGUGCACCCGACGUGCUGGAGGAGCUCGUUACAUUUCAUCUUGUAUUUUCCUUCCCUGGUGCAUCACAGCGCGCAGUCUUGCUGGCCAGUGUGCGAGGCGGCAGCGCCAUGGACUGGAUGGGUGCAGCACAGCGUCUCGUAGGGCGGACAUGCGUGGAGACGCUGGAGGCUGCUCGGCUGCCUGAUAUCGGUUCUGUGCUCCCAUUCAAGGCAGUGCGGUGGUCGGAGAUCGGUGGACUGGCGGAGGUGAAAGACAGGCUGCAUCGCGCACUUGUGUGGCCGCAGCAGCAGCCCGAGCUCUUUCAACGCUUCCACAUCACCCCACCGCGCGGAAUCCUUCUCUACGGUCCCCCAGGGUGCGCUAAGACGACGCUCAUAAAGGCCCUCUGUUCGGAAGGGAACUUCUCGCUCAUCUACCUAGACUCUGCGACCGUGGUGAGUGCGUAUGUGGGGGAGAGCGAGCGCUAUCUACGAGACGUUUUCACCCGUGCCCGCCGCCAGGCGCCGUGCAUUGUGUUCUUUGAUGAGGUGGAGGUGCUUGGUGGCCGUCGGGUCAGCGGCGGGCACGAUAGCGAGCAUGUGCGCCUCCUGUCGACUCUUCUCACGGAGAUCGACGGUUUUUCAGACAUCUGCGGGGUCUGCUUUGUGGGCGCUACCAACGUGCCGCACCUCCUUGAUCCAGCGUUGAUGCGACCUGGGCGGUUUGAUUAUAUGGUACACGUAUCGCUGCCCACCUUGGCAGACCGCGAGUCCAUUCUGCAGCUAUUGCUGUGCAAAACCGCCGCUGACACCCGCGCCAUCGCGGAGAAGACGGAAGGUUUUAGCGGCGCUGACCUGAAGGUGUUCUGCUCCGAGGCCCUUUUGGCGUUGUUGAAGGAGUCUGCCGGUGUUCCACAGGUGUUCCAGGAGGGGGCGAUCGUGACGGCGUACCUGUCGCAGAGGGCGAGUGGUUUUCAGGGUACCCACUAUGACGCUGCCGCUCUCGACCAGUUUCAACGUGAACACGCGUCUGUGUGA